AUGAGUAACUUCCAAAACAAUCUCCGUCGUGGUUCAUCCUCAAACAACACAAGACGCAGACUGAAUGUGGAGGCUGAAGAAGAGCUCAUCCAGUUCCCUAACUGCAACAUGACAGCGGCCAAGGAAAAGUUCAAACGAACUCUGAUUGGCAGAAUGUUCUAUACGGAAGGAAGAAGCAUCGAUGCGGUGAUUGGCCUUUUACCAAAGGUCAAUAUUUGGGAUGUGGAAGGAAGAGCCCAAGGAAUCAACCUUGGUAAUGGACGCUUCCAGUUUGACUUCGACACCGAUGAGGAUAUGCAAAAGGUGUUGGCUAAGAGGCCGUGGCACUUCAAUCGUUGGAGCUUCUCACUCGAACGUUGGGAACCUUUCACCAGCAACCUAUUUCCCAACACAAUGGUCUUCUGGAUCAGAGUCACGGGAGUCCCAGUCCACUUUUGGAAUGAUGAAACUUUCACUGAGAUUGGGAAAGCCUUAGGAAACAUCCAAGUGAUCGAAGCACACAGAGCAAGGAUUCAAGUAUCAAUCAAUGCUGAUGCGCCUCUCCAAUUUGAGAGAAGAGUUGGUUUUCCAAAUGGAGAUACUGGAAUGGCAUCCUUCACAUAUGAAGGGUUACACCGACAUUGUUUUACAUGCAAAAUGUUGUCACACGAGGAAGUCUCCUGCCCACUGCUCUCACCGGAAGAAAGAGAACAGAAGAAAUUACUCAGAGCUGAACAACUGAGGGCCCAAGAGGAAGCCUCAUCCGGAUACCCACACAACAAACCCCGGAGCGCAUUGAACUUGCGAGAAAGAUACUUUCCCGAUAAUGGGUUUCUUCGCCCCUCUCCUCCCAGAUCAUCUGGUGUUAAUAAUCCAUCCCGUCGUUGGAACGAACCCUCUACCCAUCAUGAGAAGAGCAGUAGACGCACAGGGAUGUAUGAUGAUAGACUGCACUCUAAGCGAGGGGAUCUGCGUAAUGAGAUCCAAAAGAGUAGGGACUACAAAGGAAAAGAGGUCUGGCAACGACUGGGUAAACCUCCACACCGGAAUCACAGAGAGAGCCAAAGUCAGAAUCGCUUCCAUCCCUACCAGCGCGAUAGGGAUUACCCUCGACGUGACUACGGAGAACAUAACUCCCACCAGGCGUGGAGACCACGUGAGGCCACGCGGCGUUCAUCUGAUCACCGAUGGGAUACGCCCCUAUCCCGCAACUCUGGCCAUUACAUAGGAUCGAAAUCUCACACUGCCGAGUCCCAACGUACUUGGACGGAGAAACGAGAUAACGGAAAAGCAAAGGCACACAACCUGCUGGGCUUCUUGUUACGUACCCAAAUGAAACAGCUGAGGAAAGAAUCCGCCGGAUAA